AUGGACGACCAACUGCGGCUAGUGUACCGUUACCUCGAUGCCGACCUUAGCGACAAUGCCCUCUUCCUCGCCAGUAUUCUGCAUGCAUUGGACCCCGAGAAUGGCACCUGGGCGCACCUCAAAUCACUGGCCUGCCUUCGUCUGGGCCAGUACGGCCUCGCUCGUCAGUAUAGCUGCGAGAAUGGCUUGACUGGCGACCACCUGGGGUGCUCAUACGUCUUCGCAUUGGCAUCCUUGUCCCAGGGAAAUUACCUCGAGGGAAUCUCAGCAUUGGAGCGAGCCAAGCCACACUGGCAGCUUCGAAAUCGGGAUGGCAGUGCGCCCUUGGCUCCAGAUGCUCUGACCCAGCGAUUCUGGCCUGACCGUCCGGCAGUCAAUUGUCUUCUGGCCAAACUGCAUAGGUACAACAAGGAUAAUAAGAAUGCAGCAAACCACUUCACUGAGGCUCUAGAAGCAGAUCCUUUGAUGUGGGAUGCCUUGACCAAUUUAUCUGACAUUGGAGUUUCCCUAAAUAUGCCGAAUAUAUUCAAUGUCGAGCGCUUCCACCCAGAACCUACCUCGAAACCAGACCGUCCCGUUUCGAAAUCGAUGGUGGCUAAUGCCACAACGAGACAGACUCCUCCGUACCCAGAACAACCAUCGAGCUAUAAUACCCGAACCCCCCCGCAAGGCGUGAAUAUUCAGAAUGUGUCUCUUAGAAAAAAGAAUGAGAAGCCUACGAAUGACACUGAUAAGGUCAAGACAACAUUGCCGAAGAAACGUCAGCGCCCAGGCUUUGAUCACUCGACGGAACAGCCAAACCCUCACAGUGGCCCAGUUCUUGCAGAAACGGAUUUUACUUCCCGGACGACCGCUCCAACUCCUUCCCUUUGCACCCAACGCAGGAGUGCUCGAUUACACAAUCGUAUUGCAACUACUGCUGGCCUCGCUGAUCGGCCAGCUUUCCAACCCAGUACUAGAGAGGCAAUAAGGCGCCCUGCCAAACCAACGACUUUAGUUCGAGAUCGCCAAAAGCCUGCGGCUACAGCUGCAGCUCGACCUGGCCCGGCGCAAAAGAGAACUCUGCCCCAGCGGAAGGCCGCCGUUUCGCCGACACCCACUCCCGAAACUGACCCCUUAAUCAAGCUUGAGUCUAUAAGGGUGGAAGCGAUUGCGGAGCGAGAGAGGACCAUAAGAUUGCUUGGCAUCCUCCAGUCAUUAGGUGCCGCCUAUCAGAGCUUAAGCAAAUACGAGCCCAGAGCAUGCCUAGAUGCCUUUGCGACCCUCCCCAUUGAGCUCCAGGCAACUCCCUGGGUUCUUUCCAAGUCAGCGCGCGCACAGUACGAGUUAAUGGACUACAAGAAGGCGAAGCAAACUUUCCAGGCGCUGCUAAAACGUGCUCCUUCGUGGAUUGAGGAUUUUGAAGUGUAUUCUACCGUCCUGUGGCAUCUUAAGGACGAGGUUCCAUUAUCGUUAUUGGCACACGAGCUUACUGAGAGCCAUUUCCAAUCUCCUGAAACAUGGUGUGCAGUAGGCAACUCGUUUUCUGUGUGCCGAUCCCGAGAUGAAGCGAUCAGGUGCUUUCGACGCGCCUGUCAGCUUUCUCCCCAGCUGCCUCAGGCGUACUCUCUCCUUGGAUAUGAGCUCAUGGAGCAAGAAGACUACUACGAGGCUAUCGGAGCUUUCCAGCGCGCCAUUCGGGUGGAACCGCGCUUCUACACAGCUUGGGUCGGGCUUGGACGUGCCUAUGAACGGCUGAGUCGCAAUGACGUGGCAUUGAAGCACUAUCUGACGGCUGUUGAGAUUAAUUCAUCCAACCCCAUCAUCUACACUUAUGUCGCCCGCGUCUUGGAAAACUUGCAGAAACGACGAAGUGCGAUUGAAUACUUGCGACGAGGCAUCCGGCUCAAUCCCCCACCACUCACCAUGGCGUUGAUAAGGAUGCAGCGCGCGGGAAUCUAUCUUUACGCUGGGCAGCCUGGUGCCGCUCUGGAGGAUCUUCGAGCUGUUGCGCUAAUCGCCCCGGAUGAGCCUCGCGUUCAUUUGCUCCUUGGCCAAGCGUAUGCCAUGCAAGGACAAGAUAAAGCUGCGGCAUUAAAAUCGUACACUACGGCUCUCAGCCUUGCUCCUUGGAGCAGAGAAAUCAAGGACGCGAUGCUGUCCCUUGAAGACGAUGAAUGA